UUGUGAAAAUGAAGUCCGCUCAAGUUACUGCCUUCGCGACUCUGGUGGUCAGUUGUUUGCUGCUCCUGGUGCUGCCCGUACAGUCGGCACCCGGUAAGCUGAACGGUCGAGUGGUCGGUGGCGAGGACGCGGCCAAGGCGCAGUUUCCCCAUCAGGUUUCCCUGCGGAAUGACGGUUCCCACAGCUGUGGCGGUUCGAUCCUGACCAGGACCUACAUCCUGACCGCCGCCCAUUGUGUGACCAGUGAGGAUGAGAGUGGCAAUCUUAUUGCCAUUGCCGCGGAGCAUUUCACCAUUCGAGCGGGCUCAAACGAUCGGUUCAGUGGCGGAGUUUUGCACCAGGUGGCCGAGGUGAUUGUCCACGAGGAGUAUGGCAAUUUCCUCAACGACGUGGCCCUGCUGCGACUGGAAACCCCACUGAUCCUGUCCAGCAGCAUUCAGCCCAUCGAUCUGCCCACCGCGGAUACGCCAGCGGAUGUGGAUGUCGUAAUAUCCGGCUGGGGAAGGAUCAAGCAUAUGGGUGAUCUGCCACGUUACCUGCAGUACAACACCCUCACGUCGAUUUCCACCGCAAAGUGUGAUGAGCUGAUCGAGUUUGGAUUCGAGGGCGAACUGUGCCUGCUCCACAAGGUGGACAAUGGGGCCUGCAAUGGGGAUUCCGGUGGCCCGGCUGUCUACAACAACCAGCUGGUGGGCGUGGCCGGAUUCGUUGUGGGCGGCUGUGGGUCCACCUACCCGGAUGGCUAUGCCAGGGUCUACUAUUUCAGGGACUGGAUCAAAAAGCACUCGGAUGUCUGAGGGACUCAAAGGAAAUAACACUUUUUUUUGUUAGUUGUAAUGAUAAAUAAAUGCAGGAUAUUAUUUUUUGUUUUGAAA